CCUUUCUCAAAAUUAGUUCGCUGACAUGGCUUUUGCUAACAAUCUUUCUCAAAGCCUCCUCAGCCAUUACAAGCCAUUAAUAAUAAGUGGGAAAAAGAUCAGGUCUUGUUUGAACAUCAACCAGACUGAACCAAGUACAAAACAAGUACAGACAAAGAAAAGGUGCUUAAGGUGCAACACCCUUUACUUGGACAAAGAUAAUUCCCCAACUGCUUGCUCCUUCCAUGGCCACACCACUGGAGAGAAGGGAUUGUUUGCAUUGGCUCCGCCACACCAAGGAAUUGAUGGAGAGUGGAGUGACCGCUCUGGAGUUAUUGUUUACAAAUGGAAUGAAAAGAAUAAUAGACCAAACACUGGAAGUGCGAAUUGGAAGAAAAGAUGGAGCUGUUGUGCUGAGUAUGGUGAAAAUGCCCCACCUUGUCGACGAGGGUGGCAUGUUUCCUAUGAUGAUGGGUUCACUUUGUAUUAGCCACAUUUGGCUCAAGGUGAAAGAUUAUUACAAGAAGUGCUGAUAAUUCUUACUAAUACCAUGAUAUGUGUUAUGCAUCUGAUCUAGAUUGUAAUCAGCCUUUGAUGCUUUAGAAAAUAGAAGUGGCAACCGUUAAAAUUAGUCGUAUAGUUGAUAAGGCUGAAGAGUCUUGAAUCCAGAGUGUUUUUUGGUUUUGUUGGGGAUACUGGAAAGCAGGUCAGUUUGACUAGAAUGUUAGAAUCUACUUUCUGUGUUUUGUAAUGAUGGAUGCCAUUUGGGAUCUCCCAAAUAUAUGAACACAAUUUUAUUUAA